AACUGUGCACUGCAGUCACCUUUCUCGAAUCUGUUUACUUCAAGGUUGUUUAUGCCAUGUGUUAGUUCGCUUUGGUUAUGUUCAAAACACAAAAUUUGUUCUUUCAAAUAUUAACGGAUUAAUAGGGGUUAUAACAGUUUUACACAGAAAACAUGGGUCGUAAAGCAAAGUAUGACGAAGUUGUCGUCCCAGCUGGACCGGGAAGAAAAUCAAAGAAGCAAAGCGACCCGACAUUCCCAAAAGGGCUCAUUGUGAAAGAUGCAAGUUCUUUGAGCCACCGGCAAAAGCAGAGAGCAAAAAAAAGGCAGUUAAAAAGCAAGGCUCAAAAAGCAAAGUUGAAUGAACCCAAAAAAAAGAAAAUGAAAGAAUCUGUAAUUCAAGCAGCAAAGAAAGAUGACAACGAAACUGAAUCUGAGGAAUCUGAAGAAGUGGCAUCUGGAGAUGAACACGAAGUUCCCGAAGUCCAAAUGCCAUUAGCAAAUGCAGAAGACAGCGAUGCUAGCGAUAGUGAUGCUGAAAGUGAAGAUUCUGAUGCAAAAGAUGACGAGACUGAAGAUGAAGAUGAAGAAGAAGAGUCAAACCUACUUCCCAUCGAGAAAGCUAACAAAAAGUUGAAAAAGAAACAGGAAAAAGAAAGAAAAUUGGCUGCCGAGGAAAUGCAAGAAUCGAUAACGCAUCAAGAUAUAUUUACAUUUCCUACCGCUGAGGAAUUGGCAAACCCAGUCAGCUUGCAAGACGUUCAACAGCGAAUCCGAGAUGUGAUAAUAGUCUUGUCAGAUUUUAAAAGACUGCGAGACAAAGACAGAGCUCGAAAGGAGUACAUAGAUCUGUUGCGAACUGACCUAUGCAUGUACUUUAGUUACAACGAUUUUCUAAUGGAGAAAUUGAUGCAAAUCUUUCCUAUGAAUGAACUGCUCGAAUAUUUGGAGGCAAGCGAAGUUCAGAGGCCAAUGACCAUUCGUACAAACAGUCUUAAAACACGCCGUCGAGAUUUGGCCCAAGCUCUGAUCAACAGAGGAGUUAACUUAGACCCAAUUGGGAAAUGGACAAAAGUUGGGCUGGUAGUUUAUUCCUCGCAAGUUCCGAUGGGGGCCACACCAGAAUACCUGGCAGGACACUACAUCCUGCAAGGGGCGUCUAGUUUUUUACCAGUAAUUGCCCUGGAUCCCAAAGAGAAUGAAAGGGUUUUGGACAUGUGUUCAGCACCCGGUGGUAAAUCCUCCCAUAUUGCAGCUCUGAUGAAAAAUACCGGAGUCUUAUUUUCCAAUGAUGUAAAUCGGGAUAGGAUCAAAGCGGUGAUUGGAAAUUUUCACAGACUCGGAAUAGUGAAUUCAGUUAUUUGCAGUUACGACGGAAGGAAAAUACCUUCUAUCAUAAAAGGUUUUGAUCGAGUUCUUCUCGACGCUCCUUGUACAGGCACUGGAGUUGUGGCAAAGGAUCCUGGCGUUAAAAUAAACAAAGACGAACUGGACGUUCAACGUUGUUGCACAUUGCAAAGAGAACUUUUAUUGGCUGCCAUAGACAGCGUCAAUGCACGUUCCGACACCGGAGGCAUCAUCGUCUAUUCAACAUGUUCAAUUCUUCCGGAGGAAAACGAGUGGAUAGUUGAUUAUGCUUUGAAGAAACGAGACGUGAAACUUGUACCAACUGGUUUAGAUUUUGGUGAGGAAGGCUUUACAAACUAUCGACAUCACAGGUUUCACCCGACUCUUAAAUUGACCAGACGUUUCUAUCCCCAUACGCAUAACAUGGACGGAUUUUUUGUUGCUAAAUUGAAAAAGUUUUCGAAUAUGGUUGUUAAGCGAGAGAUUGUGGAAGAUGAUGACGCUACAUCUGAAUAAACUAAUCGUAUACACGAAAGCAAAUCAGUGACUCCAAUGUUUUGCAUCAUUUUGAUUAUAGAAAUUUUAUAAAUGACCGUCAGUCAUACGUUUUAGGCAGUUUCAGGAUAAAUCUAUAAAAGUUGCCCUGUUUUUUAUGAUAAAAA